CUGCUGCCUCGAAAAACGCACCGUGACAACCGGAGCACAUAAAGCCUUCAAUUUCGACCUGAUUCUCGACUCCAGCUUCUACUCACCGUCCAUUCUUUCAGUCUUAGGCUAUCAAUCUUCGUAACCGCGAUGAAGAAAUUCGGCUUUGGCAAGAAGGGGGAUGGUGAUGAGGAUUCCAACCGUUCUGCUCUCUUCUCACGUUCAAAGAACAGCUCCCCUGCUCCUGCUGCCUCGAACCCAUACGCACAGCCAGCCCAAGCCGCAGAUCCGUACGCUCAAGACAACAACAAGUUUGCAAAUAUGGGCUCAGUCGGACCAUCAGGAGCUUCGCCUUACCAACAAGCCAGACAGCAGUAUGGGCUGCCCAGUGGACCGGGCGCUGGUCGCGGUGGUCUACCAUCUGGACUGGGUGCAAAUCGGGGGGGCGCUGCUGUAAAUCGUAGCCCAGCACCACCAAAUAGUGGUGGAUAUGGGGCUGAGAAAUAUGGCAGUGGUGGUGGGUAUGGCGCCAACAGAUACGACGGCCCUCCCAGUUAUGGAGCAGGUGCGGACACAGGUUCCAAGUAUGGGCCAGGUGGGUAUGGAGGAUUGGGGAGGACAAAUAGCAAUGAGACAACAACAACAGAAGACCAACGAGACGCUUUGUUUGGAGGUGCGAAGGAUAAGUACACACAGCGGACCACCCUGCCACCAAGCAAUGGGCGGCCAGGUGAGGGUUAUUCUGCUGAGUCUGGCACGGCUGGCAGUGAGGGUGGCUAUGGCGCAUAUGGGGAAGAAAGGCAGCUCACCGCCGAGGAGGAAGAGGAGGAAGAUGUGGCAGCAACCAAACAACAAAUCCGUUUCAUGAAGCAAGAAGAUGUUUCAUCCACCCGGAAUGCGCUUCGAAUCGCAGCUCAAGCUGAAGAAACUGGUCGCGCGACAUUGGCUCGUCUUGGUGCACAGGGUGAACGUAUUCACAACACUGAGAAGAACCUGGACCUGGCUGCAAAUCACAAUCGCAUCGCUGAGGAGAAGGCAAAGGAGUUGAAGACGUUGAACAAGAGCAUGUUUGCUGUUCAUGUGUCAAACCCGUUUACGGCGUCAUCCAGGAGGGCCGCUCGAGACGAAGAAAUUAUCGAGAAGCACAGGCAGGAACGUGAACAGCGUGAUGCCACACGGCAAGCCGCUUUUGGGUCUCAGCAAAGAAUGGAGCAGGCUUUCAAAGAGCUUCAGCCAGGAGAUGUUGGCUACCGUCCGCAACAGACCAAAGCAAGUCUCGCAGAGCGUUCCAAGUACCAAUUCGAGGCCGACUCCGAGGACGAUGAGAUGGAGAAUGAGAUUGAUAGUAAUUUGGACGCUCUUGGCCAUGCUGCUGGGCGACUGAACGCUCUAGCACGAGCCACCGGGAAAGAGGUCGAGGCCCAGAACAAGCAAAUCGAUAAGAUUAUUGAGAAGAGUGAUCGCGUGGACGAGCAGAUCGUCAUGAACAGGGCGAGACUGGACCGUAUUCGUUGAGCAUCGUGAAGCCGGUUUGUUGUUUUAUUUGCGCAUCAUUGUAGCAGAAUUGAACGAUAGAAUGCCUGAACUGCCCUAGCACGGGAUUUGUCCCCUCCAUGAUUCCCUGUGCCGGCCUGACCACUCGGGGUAAGUUGAGUGCUUGCACAUCGAAAAGAUAGUUCCAUUAAGAAUCACAACUGCAAAAUGAUCAACAUGACAAG